AUGUUGAGAUUGACUAGAAAUCAACUACCUUUCAGAGUUAUUUCCAGAGAUUUUAGUUUUACCAGUAAGAGAAUAAUGAGCCAGGAGAUGUCAUUAGAUGAGCUUCCCUUAAAUAGAAGGAUAGAUGGACCUGUAAUCAGUUCGGUAAAGGACGUCAUCACUAAAUCGAUGCCCAGUAUAUUCAAUUUGUCUAUAUACAACGAUUCUUACAAACAUGAAGGUCACCAUGGGAUUGGAAAUUCAAGUAACAAAACCGAAUCACAUAUUAGAUUAGAAAUUAUUAGUGAUGAAUUCUCUGGGUUAAAUUUACCAAAUCGUCAUCGAAUGAUAUAUAAAAUACUGGGUAAUGAUAUGAAGAAAUAUGAUAUACAUGCGGUACAAUUAAGCACUAAGACAAUUGCAGAAUCUAAUAAGAGCUAA